CAUCAGGCAAGGCUUCAAGGACAAAAUCAUGGAAUUGAUGAUCAUCCUCCUCGCAGUUUCUCUUUUCCUACAAGGAGCUCUAGGUGAAUUGGUAUGCGAGGAACUGCCAAUAAAAAUGUGCUCAUUCGCGGUGGCAUCCACCGGAAAGCGAUGCUCGUUAGAGACCUAUGCAGCCAAGGAUGGGAAGAUUGGACUGCAGUGCAGGAGUUCUGAAAUACUUGCAAGCGACAAUAUUCAUGAACAUAUUGAGAAGGAUGAGUGCAUUAGCGCAUGCGGGGUUAGUAGGAAAACUGUUGGCAUCUCUUCUGACUACCUCUUCCAGCCUCGACACACUCACAAAAUUUGCUCACCCAAGUGUCAACACAAUUGCCUAAACAUUGUUGAUCUCUACAGCAAUUUGGCUCUUGCAGAAGGAUUGUACCUACCAGGAGUGUGCAAGAAGGCAUUGGAAAGUGGUUCACGGCAAGAAAUGAGUGAGAUUGGAAGCUCCGAAAUAGCUCCUUCAAAUACUUCUGCAAUGGUGAACAACAACAACAACAACACCCAAGCUUAUGCAACAGCUCAUCUCAAUGUAUCAUGAAAUCUUCCUUCCUUAGGGAAAAAAAAAAAAAGAAAAAGGUAAUCAUGAAAUGCAGUUAGACACCUGAUCUUUUUCACUUGAGGGCCUUUUGAUCCAUAAAUAAGUACUAAUAAAAACUGUAGCAGUUCCCGGUUUGGUUUGGAAA